AUGACCAGGAAUGAGCAUGUCAAUCGCAUCAGCUCUGUCAUGGGCCCGGGCAACAUUGAUACAUAUUCUGCCGUCACCGUGAAAUCUCCGCCUCAGUCUCAGUCUCUCUCUCAUCAAUCUCACUCUCAAUCGACAUCACCAGCUACUACUAUCACUACUGCCUCCACUACUCCCGCUCCCGCUUCCGCCGCCUCGUCUACUAUCUCCACUCCCAUUCCCACUCACUCGCCUACUCCCAAUCCGGCACCAAAUCCAAAUCCAAUACCAAAGCAAGAGCCAGAUCCAAAUGCUGAUACCGACGCUCUAACACCAACUCCAUCAUCCUCCGCUGCGACGGCUUCCUCAAAUAACUCCUACGUCUUCUCCUCCACGCCGCGCCGACGUCCUCCUCCUCCAAAUCCUAAUUCUAAUCAUACUCGCCUCAGCGCUGAUGGCAAUGCUUCUUUGAGCAACCAGUGGUACUCCUUCAAGGAUGAGCCUCAGCUCUCACCAACCUCAACAACAUCGACUGCCACCUUCGCCCCUCGCGCCGGCGCCAAUGCUCAAUCCAAAGACCGUCGCAUGAGCGACCUCACCAACUACCGACGUGAGCUCGCCGUUCUCGAGACCUCCAGAGUACCCCAGAUCCAACAGAUUCCGCCCACCGGCGGCGCGAGCCCUCAAAUAGCUCCUUGGGCGAACCAGCCUGGUUCCCCUACAAACACUUCCACCAUGCCGACCACCUUUUUCAACGACUCGACCGACAACCUGUCGCUCGCCUCCCAGCUUUCCCCGGGUCACCAAAUCAGUAAUCGCCAGCAGCAUCAGCAGCAGCCGUAUCCUUUACACCCCUCGCAGCAUGACGCCCCUGAUGCGUCGUAUUUCGACGGCAGACGGCCAUCCGCGGCCAGCGUUCUCACCGCGAGCAGCCAGGGCAGUAAAACCAGCGUACGUGGUGGUUUUCGCAAGCUCCAGGGCUUCUUUGGGGAGGAAUUCCCUGGGCGCGAUAGCUCGGAGGGUAGUUUACCCACUUCGCUCGCGGGCAAGGACCAGCGUGGGCGCUCUUAUAGUCACAGCCGCCCCACACAUAGAGAUCGCAACUAUUCCAAUGCCACGGAUCACACCCGCGAUGCCUCGCCAUCAUCUUCCAGACCAAGAACUCCUGUUCCAGCGCCAGAGGUUGUGCCUUUUCUAUACCAAGACAACAGUGACAUCGCGCGCUAUGGCGAAGCACCCGUACGAGACAUAAUGACCGGGCCUGAUCGAGAGCGAUAUGCUGGUGACGGCUCCUCACAGGUACCCCCAAAGACAUCAUCAUCCUCAAGAUCCGGCCACUCCAUUGCCCAUCUGCCUGGCCACCACCGACAUAACAAGAGCAACGAAGACCCUCGCACGCUCAGACCGACAAUGAGCAGAGACGAUACAGCAAUUGGCACACAAAUGCCGCGCGAUCGCGGCGGUGGCAGCAACGCAAUGUACCAGACAAGAUCACGAGGACAGAGCCCAACGCCCAGUACCAGGAGUGCGGGAAUGACUUGGAGUAGCUCGAAAUCUACGCAAGCGGACGGUCAAACAUCACCUGGCCAUCAACAUCAUGGCAAGCGCGGAUUCUUGCGACGACUACGAGGGCAUCAUAAAGAAAAGGACGAUGCCGCUGCUCGACUUCGCGACCUUCCCCAAUCGACAAGGUCUUUACAAACAAAGUCUUCAAAGACCGACCUGCACCGACCCAGCGAUGUAUCUUCGACCACAUUGCCAUACGCGGGCACGUUUGGACCUGCCGAACCGAGUGACCUUCCCGAUCCGCGACCAGCAACCGGACAACGAGGAGCCACCUUCAACAACAAGUUUCCUUUUGCAAAGAAGCAACGUACGCAUCGACCUCAAGACUAUGCUGCUGAAGAGACGAUUGGUCCGACUGAUCGUAACGAUCCUAACAACAUGUAUCAUCUCGACACCAAUUUGAAUGACAUGGAGGGUAUCUUGACCAAGCCUCCUCCGCUCACGCCCAUGGACACUAGCUUUGUCAACAACGUCGAGCCGGAGCGUCAUGACUCCAUUAUCUCAAAUGCGCCUAAGGGUCGCUGGGAUGCUCCGGACAGUUGGGCGGUACGUCGUAACACGGAAGAUAACUCUUAUCAUGGUCCCGAGCUCGAUGAAAUUGGCAGUCCGCCCCGGCCAGAGGAGAAGGCAUCUCCAUACUGUAUUCGAAUCUUCCGCUCGGAUGGGACAUUUUCCACCCACUCCAUGCCUCUGGACUCGAGCGUCACGGAUGUCAUCUCGCAAGUUAUUAAGAAGACGUAUGUUAUGGAUGGUCUUGAGAAUUAUCAUAUCAUCAUGAAGAAGCAUGAUCUUAUUCGGGUCCUAACACCUCCCGAGCGACCUUUACUUAUGCAGAAGCGUCUAUUACAGCAAGUUGGUUACGAAGAAAAGGACAGAAUCGAAGAUCUUGGACGCGAAGACAACAGUUACCUUUGUCGAUUCAUGUUCUUGUCUGCUCGGGAAAGCGACUUUCACGCCAAAACUACUGAUAUGGGCCUGGCCCGGGCUCAGAAGCUUAAUUAUGUCGACCUCUCUGGUCGCAACCUUGUUACAAUACCUAUAUCGCUAUACUCGAAGGCCAUGGAGAUCAUCUCCCUUAACCUCUCGCGGAACCUCUCUCUCGACGUUCCUCGUGAUUUUAUACAGUCCUGUAAACACCUUCGAGAUAUCAAAUUUAACAACAACGAAGCCAGGAAGCUGCCACCCAGCUUGAGUCGAGCAAACAAAUUGACUUUCCUGGACGUUGCCAAUAACCGGCUUGAGCAGUUGGAGCAUGCCGAACUUAAUGCCCUUACCGGCAUGCUCAAAAUGAACUUGGCCAAUAACCGAUUAAAGCACCUACCCUCUUACUUUGGAGCAUACCAAUCACUUCGCUCGCUCAACAUUUCCUCCAACUUUCUCGACAAAUUUCCAACGUUCCUAUGCGGUCUACCGGGUUUAGUCGACCUCGAUUUGAGUUUCAACGCCAUUGCGACGAUUCCUCACGAGAUUGGUAGCUUGAGGAAUCUGGAAAAGUUGCUGAUAACCAAUAACAGACUGACGCACGCUGUACCCGCUUCAUUCGGUCAGCUAGUCAGUCUGCGUGAGCUCGAUAUUAAGUACAAUGGUAUCUCGAGUAUCGACAUCAUUUCGGAGCUUCCCAAGCUCGAGAUCCUUUCCGCGGACCACAACUGCGUCUCUGCUUUUGUUGGACAGUUUGAAUCCCUACGGCAGCUGAAAUUGAACUCCAACCCCCUGAACAAGUUUGAAAUCGUGGCUCCUGUGCCGACUCUCAAGAUUUUGAAUCUCUCGAACGCCCAGUUGGCUAGCAUUGACUCCUCGUUCGCAAAUAUGGUAAACCUUGAGCACUUGAUAUUGGACAAGAACUAUUUUGUUUCUUUGCCACAGGAAAUUGGUACUUUGAGCAGACUUGAGCACUUCAGCAUUGCCAACAACUCGGUCGGGGAAUUGCCAGCACAAAUUGGUUGCCUUACCGAACUGAGAGUGCUCAACGUCCGAGGAAACAACAUCUCUAAACUCCCGAUGGAGCUGUGGUGGGCAAACCGACUUGAGACGUUUAAUGCCUCUUCCAACGUCCUGGAACAUUUCCCCAAGCCUGCUUCCAGAGCUCCACGGGUACCAGGAGAAGAGUCACAGCAGGCACCUCCUCCUGUUAAUGGAAGAGCAGCCCCCCUCGGAACUUUGUCAGCGACUGCGAGCUCUGAAGAACUGUCGGAUGAUAGAAGACCUAGUCAAAACUCAAGCACUUUGCUCAGUGUUGGGCCAUCUCCACUCAAUGCUGGGGAUCGUAAGAGUUCCGUUGUGUCUGUUUAUGGAAAGGGUGGCCGUAAGACGUCUGUUGUUUCUAGAUCUGCAACUCCAUCGGCCCCUACGCAGUCAGUCAACCCAAGGAAAGAUUCUGGGAUAUCAUCAAGGCUUAACAACACUUUUGCUGGGUCUCUGAGGAACCUCCAUCUUGCCGACAACCGUCUCGAUGACGAUGUUUUUGACCAGAUUACACUUCUCGCUGAACUCCGCGUACUGAACCUAUCUUACAACGACGAGAUUAGCGACAUGCCUCAAAGAUCAAUCAAGAGCUGGCCGCAGCUCGUUGAGUUGUACCUGUCUGGCAAUGCACUCACAACAUUGCCUGCCGACGAUUUAGAGGAAUCCAGCUUACUUCAAGCACUCUACAUCAACGGUAACAGGUUCACCAACUUGCCAGCUGAUAUCUCGCGGGCCAAGAACCUCGCCGUUCUCGAUUGUGGCAGUAACUACCUGAAGUACAACAUCUCAAACGUGCCCUACGAUUGGAACUGGAAUCUCAAUCCCAAUUUGAGAUAUCUCAAUUUGUCCGGUAACAAGCGUCUGGAAAUCAAGCAGACAGCUACAGGUCCUCUUGGGCCUGGUGCUGUCAACCGUGAGGAGUACACCGAUUUCAGCCGUUUGCUGAACUUGCGUAUCUUGGGUCUGAUGGAUGUUACUCUUACGCAACCAAGUAUCCCCGACCAAAGUGAAGACAGACGUGUCCGUACAUCUGGGUCGCUUGCCGGUCACCUACCUUAUGGUAUGGCUGAUACGCUAGGCAAACAUGAGCAUUUGUCAACGGUCGAUUUAGUAGUUCCAAGAUUCAAUGCAUCAGAAACAGAGAUGCUCCUAGGUCUGUUCGAUGGACAGGCCUUGUCUAGUGGCGGAUCAAAGAUCGCCAAAUAUCUCCACGAGAACUUCGGUCACAUCUUUGCCCUUGAACUGAAAGCACUGAAGACGCGUGCGGGUGAGACUCCAGUUGAUGCCCUGCGACGAGCGUUCUUGGCCCUCAACAAGGACUUGGUUACCAUUGCGAUCCAACAAUCAGAGGAGCGGCCACUUCAGACGCAUAGGAGCUCAGGUCAGCCAAUCAUACUUACAAAGGAAGAUCUCAAUUCGGGUGGUGUGGCAACUGUCGUUUAUCUUCAAAGCACGGAACUCUAUGUCGCCAACGUUGGUGAUGCGCAGGCCAUGGUGAUUCAAACCGAUGGUACACAUAAGAUGUUGACUCGGAAACACGAUCCUGCUGAGCCGAACGAGAGAUCACGUAUUCGUGAAGCUGGUGGGUGGGUUUCGCGGAACGGACGACUGAAUGACCUGCUGCAAGUCUCGCGUGCUUUUGGAUAUGUCGACCUGAUGCCGGCUGUACAAGCGGCACCCUACAUCAGCAACAUGACUAUUCGAGAGCAGGACGAUAUCAUUCUGAUUGCUACCGGGGAACUUUGGGAGUAUUUGUCGCCAGGUCUGGUUACUGAUAUUGCGAGAGCGGAGCGACAAGAUCUCAUGCGGGCGGCCCAGAAACUUCGUGACCUGGCUAUCGCAUACGGCGCCUCAGGCAAGAUCAUGGUCAUGAUGAUCAGUGUCGCUGAUCUGAAGCGACGAGUCGAACGAUCAAGGCUUCAUCGCGGCGCUAGUAUGUCGCUUUAUCCUUCUGGUAUCCCCGCCGAUGCCCAAGUGCUCAACACCAGAAGGGGCCGAAGGACAAAGGGUGAUGUUCUCGACUCGUCACUUAACCGUCUUGAAGCCGAAAUCCCAGCCCCGACAGGCAAUGUGUCCAUCGUGUUCACCGAUAUCAAGAACUCGACAACUCUCUGGGAGAUGUAUCCUAGUGCCAUGAGAUCAGCAAUCAAACUUCACAACGAAGUCAUGCGUCGACAGUUGAGACGAAUUGGUGGCUACGAAGUCAAGACUGAAGGCGAUGCAUUUAUGGUGUCUUUCCCAACUGCUACGUCGGCACUUUUAUGGACGUUUGCGGUACAAAUGCAGCUCCUUGAUGUGAACUGGCCAUCAGAAGUUUUGAACUCGGUCUCUUGCCAGCCUAUAUAUGACAAGGAUAACAGCCUCAUCUUCAAGGGACUGUCAGUGCGCAUGGGUAUUCACUUUGGCGACUGUGUGAGCGAGACGGAUCCAGUUACCCGCCGUAUGGAUUACUUCGGACCCAUGGUGAACAAGGCGGCUCGAAUUUCUGCCGUGGCAGAUGGUGGCCAGAUUACAGUCUCCACGGAUUUUAUCUCGGAGAUACAGCGAUGUCUUGAGAAUUAUCAAGACACAGAUCGAGGUAACGCUUCUGGCUCUGAGGAUACCUUUGGCGAUGAAGAGACCUAUGCUAGCGCAAUCCGAAAGGAUUUGAGAUCCCUCACCUCACAAGGCUUCGAAGUUAAGGAGAUGGGCGAGAAGAAGUUGAAGGGUCUCGAAAAUCCCGAAGUUGUGUACUCUUUGUAUCCUCAUGCUUUGGCUGGCCGCAUCGAGUUUCAUUCACAGCACGAAAGGAAGGAUGACGCAGGCAACGAUAAGCCAGUCGUCCUUGCGCCCGGAGCUGAGCUCUGCAUCGAUCCGGAUAGCGUCUGGACUCUCUGGCGUAUCAGCUUACGUCUUGAGAUGCUUUGCAGUUCGCUGGAAGGCAACGAGCCCCCAGGUUUGCAACCGCCCGAGACGGAGCUACUUGAAAGAAUCAAGCAGCGUGGAGGCGAAGUGACGGAUCGAUUCCUGUUGAACUUCUUGGAACACCAAGUAGCCAGGAUAGAGACCUGUAUUUCAACACUCGCAAUGCGUCACAUUGCCAUCGGUGGAGGCACGAUUAAGGAACUCGAUGAGCUCCACGGUCCCAUGUCUGCCAUUCUGGACCAGUUCAUGGCCCAAAACAGAGAAUUGAAACGUUACAGGAGGAAAUAUGGUGCGCUGCCUAACCCGGUUAGUAGCGGCAGCAGCGAAGUAGAAGUAGAAGACGAUGAUGACGACGACGAUGAUCCCGAUACCGAAGAAGGGAGCGAUACAGAGCAAGAGUUGUGA